GCAACGUGCAACAGCAACACAGGACGGCAACAUGUCAGGCUUCACACUCUGCAUUACCCUCCUCGUGGCAGCCGCUCUGGCCGCCGGGGACGUCAGGUACCGCCCCGCCCCCAGCUACGCGUCGCCCGUCCCCAUCCUGAAGGACGACCGGACCCGCAGCGCCCACGGCGACUACAGCGUCGACUUCGAGGCCGGCAACGGCAUCGCGCGCCAGGAGUCCGGCAGCCAGAGCUACGGGCAGGUGGCGCAGGGCGGUUGGAGGUACACCUCCCCCGAGGGCCAGCAGGUGGACAUCGCCUUCGUGGCCGACCAGGGGGGGUACCAGCCCCAGGGGGCGGUGCUUCCGGUUCCCCCUCCCCUCCCCUACACCCGAUCAGACCACUGAGUUUGCUAAAAGGAAUUUCUCGACACUUAACUUGAAUUGCUGUGUAGGGCGGAAUCAUGAUAUAUCUGUAAAAUGUAAAUCUGUAAAAGAGAAAGAGAGACAAGAGAUAGAUUCUUUUUUCUGAAAAGGUUACAUCUCAUCGCUAUGUUCCCCCGACGCCGCCAAGAAAUACUAACCACCUCAUUUCUAUGACAUCGCAGAUCAACCUCUUUUCAAGAUCUGAUUUAUAGCAGCACUGCGAAGUCGCCUUUGAAGAAUACACACAUACACACACACACACACACACACACACACACACACACACACACACACAC